AUGGGUGAAUACGACCAAUUUCAUACCAACGAGGUGCCCUUUUCUCAAAGACCCAUUAUAAUCCUCGGUGCAGGGAUCAUUGGUUGUGCAACUGCUCGGCAAUUGCUGCUGAAUGGAUUCCCCGUGGUAUUGGUGGCCGAAUAUCUACCGGGAGACCAGAAUAUCUACUAUGCUUCGGCUUGGGCAGGAGCAGCGUGGCAUGCCGCUGGGGGUAUUACUCCGGAUCAACGGUAUCUUCAAGCUGUCACACAUCGCAUACUACUCAAGAUGGCACAAGAUGGCCCCGAGGCAGGGGUGAGCAUUGUCAACGCACGAGAAUACCUCGAAGAAAAACCUGCUCCUGACUCGGCGAUAUGGGGUAAGACAGUAGUAUCCAAGUUCCGCGAGAUGAGUCCUGGUGAAUACCCGCCCAAUUUCAACUGUGCCUGGGCCUAUGAGACGCUUGUUACAGAUCCUACGAGACAUAUGCCUUAUCUCAGAGAACAGGUUGAGUCUCUUGGGGGUCGCUUUAUCCGCCAACGUGUCGAGUCUCUUCAGGAACUGUAUGACAUGUUCCCCGAAUCAGGGGUAUUCAUCAAUGCAAGCGGCUGGGGCAGUAAAACCUUGACGGAUGUGCAAGAUGAUAACUGUUUUCCGGAGCGAGGGCAGAAUGUGUUUCUGGCCACUGAUCAAUGCAACACACUUCACUUCCGAAAUGGCAAGGAAUAUACCUAUGUGAUUCCUCGGCCUCUAUCCAAGGGGGUGGUCCUGGGUGGGGUGAAGCAACAGGAUAAUCUGUAUGGACAUCCCCACAUCUCCAAAACGAUCCACUCUAACCUCCCUAGGUCACCUGAAGUCGAUAUGGAUAUCGCGAGGGAUGAGAUUGCACGCGCGCAUCGGUUAGCGCCUGAAAUUGUCCCCGAACGCCCAGCUGCAGAUACGGUGAGCUACAUUAUUGGGAUCCGACCAUCCCGAAAAGGAGGGUUCCGUUUGGAUUCGGAGCGAAAGGGUAGUCGGGUGGUGCUCUCGGCGUAUGGGUUUGGAGGAGGUGGGUAUGCGUUUUCAUAUGGGAUUGCCGAUGCGUUGGUGAAGAUGGUAGAGCGGACGGAGCAUGAGACUGUGAUCUUGUAG